AUGUUCAGCCCGUUAGCUCGGGGAUAUGGGACAUGGGCGGGAGAAAUUGAGUUAAAUCCAGACAGGGAAGUAACUGAACUCCAGCUACCAACCAUCCCGGAGGACCAAAGUCGAUCAAUCCAUAGACAUGGCGUUACAGUAUCGCCCAGAGUGUUUCGCUCUAACACAAACUUAUCAUUCUCUAGUCAUAAGGAAGAUGGAGAGCUUGAACUGCCAAAAACAUAUGUAACCAAAAAAGGUGCUCUACUCUUAUUUACGGCACCUAACGAGGACAUUGAAGGAACUCAAGAGUCCGUAAAAGUACUCCAUAAAAAGAAAGUUGAAAGCCUUUUGGAUCGUAGCUUGAAAUUGAAUACUCUUGAAAGGCUUUAUUUAUCAGCUUUACAAUUUGGUGACCUGUCGUACUACAGAAAAGAUAAAUGUAGCAUCACUGAUCCAGAAAACCAGUGGUUUUUAAAGUUUUUACAUGAUUUAGACAGACUAGAUAUUGAUGUUAGUACUAAACCUGGGGCUGAUAUCAAUUUCUAUCUUAGAGAUCUAAAAACACGAGCCAGUCAGAGAAUACAUGCUGGCGGUGACAGUACAACAAGAAGACAAAGAUCACAAGAACUACGCAGUUUAUUACACGAAUUAGAAGACGUCUGGAGAAGCAAGUCGAAAUCUUCAUUAAAACCAGAAUCGUCAUCGUUAUCACAGAG